ACCAACCCGGAAACGAAAGCACCUGUCGGCUCAAGCGGCAUUUUCUUCCAGAAGUCGGAGUAAAUGUUCGCUUUUUGUUGUCAAAUUGCCAAAUCCCGGCCUCAAUCUUUACUGUGUGCUGAGUAAAGCUGUGCGAAUUCAUCAAUGCUCCGAGUUUUUAAAAAAACCGCCAGAAACCUGUCGACCUUCGCAAUGAAACAAACAGAACUCUCCAUACCAGUUCCCUGGGGGGAAAUCCGAGGUAAAGCGUGGGGUCCUGACCACGGGCGUCCUGUGUUGUGCCUGCACGGCUGGGCUGACAACAGCGGAACCUACAACACUCUGGUUCCACUCCUGCCCAAAGAGUGCCGAUACGUGGCGGUGGACCUGGCAGGUCACGGUCUGUCCUCACAUCGUCCUCCUGGGGUCUUCUACACGUUUUCGGCUUAUGUGGCUGAUGUUCGCAGAGUUGUUGAUGCUCUCCGCUGGAGCAGAUUCUCCAUCCUGGGCCACAGUAUGGGUGGUAACAUCGCCGGGAUGUUUAGUGCUGUUUUUCCCGACAUGGUGGAAGCUGUCGUGCUGCUGGACUCGUACGGAUUCUUACCUACAGAUGUGAAAGAAUUCUCCACGGUGAUGCGGAAAGGGAUGGAAGGCAUGCUUGAGUUUGAAAAGACGCCCGAAAAGAGCCAAAGAGUUUACACCUUCGAGAAAGCGGUGGAGAGAUUGUCAGCCGCGAACCCGACAUUGUCCGAGGCGUCCGUCCGCACCCUUCUAGAACGCGGCCUCGUUCAAGUGGAAGGAGGAGUUGUCUUCUCACGCGACCUCCGUAUUAAUCUGAAAAACAUUGUUCGCAUCAGCCUGGAGCAGAGUCUGGAGCUGCAAUCCAGGAUCCGAGCCCCAGUCCUCGUGCUCCUAGCGGAUGAAGGCUUUGAGAAAAUAUUUGCGGAACAAGACCAGAAGAAAUUCACAUCCGCGCUUCUGCAGGGCUACAGAGACAGAAAUCAGUCUGUGGUGACGGUGCAGGGCGACCAUCACGUCCACCUCAACCACCCCCAAGUCCUGGCCCCCAUGGUGUCCCAGUUCCUGCGGGACAAAGUCCUGUCCUCGUCCGGACUCACCACCAAGCUGUAGGAAGAAAAAACGUUACGUCUGAUCCACUCCACACUUGAAUUUUCACUUCUUCACACGUUUGAAUGUGUGGCCGUACAGCAGGUGUGUGGCCCGUAGCUACAUUUUAGCACUUAGCAUUCUAAUAAUAGCACGCUAGCUUUUAUGGCUAAUUUUUGCAGGUAUACACCAAGCCUCAAAUAUUUGAUACUUGACGAACGCUAACGUUAUUAUGCUAUCUUAUUUUGUAAGUAUACACAUCAGUCAUAUUUUGGUACUUGACGCGUGCUAACAUUAGCAUGCUAGCUUUUUUGGCUAAUUUUUGCAGGUAUACACCUAAGCGUCCAAUAUGUUGAUACUUGACGAACGCUAACGUUAUUAUGCUAUCUUAUUUUGUAAGUAUACACAUCAGUCAUAUUUUGGUACUUGACGCGUGCUAACAUUAGCAUGCUAGCUUUUUUGGCUAAUUUUUGCAGGUAUACACCUAAGCGUCCAAUAUGUUGAUACUUGACGAACGCUAACGUUAUUAUGCUAUCUUAUUUUGUAAGUAUACACAUCAGUCAUAUUUUGGUACUUGACACGUGCUAACAUUAGCAUGCUAGCUUUUUUGGCUACAUUUUGCAGGUAUACACCUAUGCGUCAAAUAUGUUGAUACUUGACGAACGCUAACGUUAUUAUGCUUGCUUUUUUUCUGGCUUACUUUGUAGGUAUACACAUCAGUCAUAUUUUGGUACUUGACACGGGCUAACAUUAGCAUGCUAGCUUUUUUGGCGAAUUUUUGCAGGUAUACACCUAUGCGUCAAAUAUUUUGAUACUUGACGAACGCUAACGUUAUUAUGCUAGUUUAUUUUGUAGGUAUACACAUCAGUCAUAUUUUGGUACUUGACGCGUGCUAACAUUAGCACGCUUGCUUUUUAGGCUACAUUUUGCAGGUAUACACCUAUGCGUCAAAUAUGUUGAUACUUGACGAACGCUAACGUUAUUAUGCUUGCUUUUUUUCUGGCUUACUUUGUAGGUAUACACAUUAGUCAUAUUUUGGUACUUGACACGGGCUAACAUUAGCAUGCUAGCUUUUUUGGCGAAUUUUUGCAGGUAUACACCUAUGCGUCAAAUAUUUUGAUACUUGACGAACGCAAACGUUAUUAUGCUACCGUAAUUUCCGGACUAUAAGCCGCACCUGACUAUAAGCCGCACCAGCUAAAUUUAGGGGAAAAUACAGAUUGCUCCAUAUAUAAGCCGCACCCGACUAUAAGCCGCAGGGUUUUGAUGUGUAAUUAGCGUAGUAUAUAGGGGUUCCUGCUACCACGGAGGGGAUUGUCGGGACAGAGAUGACUGUUUGGGAACGCAAAGCGUCCCAUUUAUUAACAAUAAAUCUUUCAAUCAUUCAAUCAAACUUUCACAUCUUUGACAUGGCGAACAGCAUUCGUGCAGAGUACAAAUAAUACAACGGUGCAAAUUAAUACAAAGUGCUCGCCUGUACGUUAUCAAAAUAACCAGCCUACCGGUAUAUGAAAAGUCAGUCUUUAAUCAUUGUGUCAUCGUCUUCCUCCUGCGUACUAAAACCACCGAAAUCCUCUUCGUCGGUGUCGGAGAAGAACAGGCCGUAAAUAAGCCGCACCCUUGUAUAAGCCGCAGGGACCAGAACGAGGGGGAAAAGUAGCGGCUUAUAGUCCGGAAAUUACGGUAGUUUAUUUUGUAGGUAUACACAUCAGUCAUAUUUUGGUACUUGACGCGUGCUAACAUUAGCACGCUUGCUUUUUAGGCUAAUUUUCGCAGGUAUACACCUAAGCGUCAAAUAUGUUGAUACCUUGACGAACGCUAACGUUAUUAUGCUACCUUUUUUUUAUCUUAUUUUGUAGGUAUACACAUCAGUCAUAUUUCGGUACUUGACGCGUGCUAACAUUAGCAUGCUACCUUUUUUGGCUAAUUUUUGCAGGUAUACAGUUAAGCGUCAAAUAUUUUGAUACUUGAUGAACGCUAACGUUGUUAUGCUUGCUUUUUUUUAGCUUAUCUUGUAGGUAUACACAUCAGUCAUAUUUAGGUACUUGACGUGUGCUAGCUUUUUUUUUUUAGCUCAUUUUGCUCGUAUUUUUUGCUGCGGCGAGACACGCUCUUUUCAACAAUCAAAACAGGAAGCAAAGCGACCAUUGUGCCGAUGUUUCUCAGUCGGGUUGAGGUGUGCAACCUGAGCACACACAAGCUGCUACCUUUGAGCAACCUUUCAAAUCACCGUGGCAGCUUUGAAGUCUCCCGACGUUAAUAUUUCAGCGGGAGCAUGAAUAAAUCACAAGGAAACACGUGGAAGUGGCUCGCAUUACCGAUGUGGUCUAUGUCGGUCCAUUCAGUUUCUCAUUUGCUCUGCAGGCUUUUUGGCAUACGGCCUUGCAGCACACUACAUUUGGCAUUUUAGCAUGCAUUAACAUUAGCAUGUUAGCAUGCUAACAUUAGCAUGUUUAGUUAAUUUAGUAGAUAUACACCUCCGUGUCAUAUGUUUUUGUAUUUCAUUAAUUCUAUUUUUCAGGUACACGCCUCAGAGUAAUUAAUUUGGGUACUUGACACAUAUUACGGUUAGCAUCUUAGCAUGCUAGCUUUGUUAGCUAAUGUUGCAGGUAUACACCUCAGCGUCAAAUAUUUUGUGACUUGACGAAUGCUACCUGUUAGCGUGCUAGGAUUUUAUUUUAGCAAAUUGUAUAGGGAUACACACACACCAGUCAUAUUUUGGUACUUUAUGUAUGCUAACGUAGGAAGGCUAGCAAUUUUUUCUGAUACCCACCUCGGAGGAACAUAUUUUCGUAGUUGACGCACACUACAUUUGGCAUUUUAGCAUGUUAGCAUGUUCAGUUAAUUUAGCAGAUAUACACCUCAGUGUCAUAUGUUUUUGUAUUUUACUAAUUGUAACUAAGCAUGCUAUUGUUAGCAUGUUAAAAUAAUACUGUUAGCAUGUUAGCUUUUUUUUACCUCAUGUUAUAGGUACACACUUGAGUCAUAUUUUGGUACUUCAUGCAGACAAAUAUUUUCAAAUUUCUUUUCAGGUACACGCGUCAGAGUAAUUAAUUUGGGUACUUGACAUAUUACGGUUAGCAUCUUAGCAUGCUAGCUUUGUUAGCUAAUGUUGCAGGUAUACACCUCAGCAGCAAAUAUUUUUUGACUUGACGAAUGCUACCUGUUGGCAUGCUAGGUUUUUCUUUUAGCAAAUUUUGUAGGGAUCAGUAAUAUUUUGGUACUUGAGGUAUACUAACAUAAGCAGGCUAGCAUUUUUUUCCUGAUACAUACCUCGGAGGAAUAUAUUUUCGUAGUUGACGCACACUACAUUUGGCAUUUUAGCAUGUUAGCAUGUUCAGUUAAUUUAGCAGAUAUACACCUCCGUGUCAUAUGUUUUUAUAUUUCACUAAUUCUAACUGUAAGCAUGCUAUUGUUAGCAUGUUAAAAUAAUACUGUUAGCAUGCUAGCUUUUUUUUUUUUACCUCAUGUUAUAGGUACACACUUGAGUCAUAUUUUGGUACUUCAUGCAGGCAAAUAUUUUCAAAAUUUUUUUCAGGUACACGCGUCAGAGUAAUUAAUUUGGGUACUUGACACACAUUACGGUUAGCAUCUUAGCAUGCUAGCUUUGUCGCUAAUGUUGCAGGUAUACACCUCAGCUGCAAAUAUUUUGUGAGUUGACGAUUGCUACCUGUUAGCAUGCUAGGUUUUUCUUUUAGCAAAUUUUGUAGGGAUCAGUAAUAUUUUAGUAUUCGAGGUAUGCUUACGUAAGCAGGCUAGCAAUUUUUUCUGAUACCCACCUCGGAGGAAUAUAUUUUCGUAGUUGACGUACACUACAUUUGGCAUUUUAGCAUGCUAACAUUAGCAUGUUCAGUUAAUUUAGCAGAUAUACACCUCAGUGUCAUAUGUUUUUGUAUUUUACUAAUUCUAACUAAGCAUGCUAUUGUUAUCAUGUUAAAAUAAUACUGUUAGCAUGCUAGCUUUUUUUUUUAGUUAUAGGUACACGAGUCAUAUUUUGUAAGCAGGCGAGCAAUUAUUUUCUCAUACACACCACAAUGUAAUAUAUUUUCGUAGUUGACGCAUACUACAUUUGGCAUUUUAGCAUGCUAACGUUAGCAUGUUAGCAUGUUUAGUUAAUUUAAUCAUGUUAAAAUAAUACUGUAGCUUUUUUUUUACCUUAUGUUACAGGUACACACUUUAGUCAUAUUUUGGUACUUGAUACAUGCAAACAUAAGCAGGCGAGCGUUUUUGAAAGUGUGAAAACUAUUUUUGUUCAUGUGAAGUUAGCUAACGGUGGAAGUAAUAAGAUUUGCUCAAUCCGAUCUAUAAAGUGUCGGAAAAAUCAUCGUUUUAUAUACAUGCUUGUAAUGUAGUAAACGACACAUUCAUAACAUGUACAGUAAUAUUUACGGAUUUUUAAUUAUAUGUAAAUUAUUUCUAAAUUCAGAUCCAUCACUCUUCCCUUCAACAACAAACACCAAGCAUGCAGCAGUAUUGCUAAGUGCUAAACACCAAAAGGGACAAGCGGUAGAAAAUGGAUGGAUGGGUAAACAAGAUGUACAAACUAUCAACAUAAUAAAUCAACCACUUACUGUACAAUGUCUGCUCUUGUGGUCGAUCGAAGCCGGCAUACUCAGAUGGCGCCAAGUGUCCAAAUUCAUGAUUUUUAGGUUUAAACAUAUACCAUUAGCUU